AUGUCCUCCCCUCUCGAGAACACCAAGCUCUUCACCCCGCUCACGCUGGGCAACAUCACACUCAAGCACAGAGUUGUCAUGGCCCCUCUCACCCGUGAUCGUUCGCCCGAGCAUAUCCCCGAUGACUUUGUCGACGAGUACUACGCGCAGCGCGCCUCAGACGGAGGUCUGCUCAUCUCCGAGGCUACGCAUAUCUCUGUUAUGGGUGGAAACUACCACGGAGUUCCCGGAAUUUUCACACCGGAACAGAAGCGCGCAUGGAAGAAGACUACCGACGCGGUUCACAAGAAAGGCGGAUUCAUCUACUGCCAGCUGUGGCACAUUGGACGCGUUGCGCACCCGGCAAACAUGGGUGGUCGCACUCCCCUUUCUUCCUCCGCCACUGAAAUCGAGGGCAACGUUGUUUACUUCACCCCCAAGGGGCCCCUUCCUGGUGUUAAGGCUGCCGAGAUGACCUUCGAGGACAUCAAGAUCACAAUCGAGGACUACGUUCAUGCCGCACAGACCGCCAUCGACGCCGGUUUCGACGGAGUUGAGGUCCACAGCGCCAACGGCUACCUCCUCGACCAGUUCCUGUGUGACAACAUCAACCAGCGCACCGACAAGUACGGAGGCUCCAUCGAGAACCGCUCCCGUUUCCCUCUUGAGGUCACCGACGCCGUCAUCGCCGCCAUCGGUGCUGACCGCGUUGGAAUCCGGUUCUCCCCCUUCGGCUUCUACCAGGAGACCAAGAGUUCGGACAUCCACGGCCAGUACGGCCACGUCAUGGCCGAGUGCGACAAGCGCGGUCUCGCCUACGUGCACCUGGUCGAGCCCCGCAGCGACCUCAUGAACAGCGACAGUGUCAAGCAGCAGCAGCUCAGGGAGCUCGCGAAGGCGCAGGGCAAGACCGAGGAGGAGAUGCUUACCAUCAAGCCCUUCCGGGAGAUCCUGAAGAACACCCCUCUCAUCACCUGUGGUAGCUUCAACGCCGAGAACUCUCUCCAGCCUCUCGAGUCGAACACUGCAGACGCCAUCGCUUACGGUCGCUACUUCAUCUCCAACCCCGACCUGCCCCACCGUUUGGCGAAGGGCCUCGAGUUCACCCCAUACGACCGUAACACCUUCUACACCACCGGUCGCGAGGGUUACACUGAUUACCCCACUUACGCUGAGGCGAAGUUGUAG